UAAUACCUAUGAAUAAAAACACCAUUAGUGGCAAUAAGAAAGAUAGUUACUAAUAAUUUUUAAAAAUGAAUGUUACAUAUAAGCAAAGAGAAAUUUUAUUAACGUAUAUGGAAUCCCAUCGUGAAUUAUUACAAGGACGAUUAAGCAGUAAAUCGGAAAGCCGCAGGACAAUGAAAGAUAUGUGGGAUGACCUAGCGAACAUCUUGAAUAGUUCUGCUGAAGGUCCCAAAAAGAAUUCUGAAGAAUGGAGAAAAAGCUGGAAUGACUGGCGAAUGAAUGUUCUCAAAAAGGAGACGAAAAGAAGAAAUCAUUCGAGGGGUACAGGUGGUGGUUCUCCUAUGAAAGUUAACUUCACUGACAUUGAAGAAAAGCUAUUGGAGUUACUGACACCCGAAGCUGCCGGAAUUGAGAAUGUGCCUCAGGGAGGAAUUCCUUUAAAGAAGCCACGCAAUGAGCAGAGUUUUAUGAAGGAUUCGCACAGACAUUUACAAUCAACAAGUGUUUGGGAAUUGGAGAAUACAUCUGUUGAAACACAACCGUUUCAAGACAUUCAAAGUGAUGAACUGCAAUUUAUCGGAGAUUAUGAGCCUGUAUUCAACGAAGGAGUCUACACAUUAAGUUCUGCAGAUAAAAAUAAACAUUCUUCAAUCAUAGAAACUACAAAUUGCAGCUCAGAUAAUGAAGCUGAUAAGGAGAAUAUAAAUGCUGGAAAAUCUAAUAAAUUACUUGCGAAAAAACGAAAAAUAAUAUCACCUGUACCUGUACCUUCGCAUACUACUUCUUCAUCAAAAUCUCUUACUGGUAUGUCCACACAAAUGUUAAAAGUGCAAGAAGAAAAAUUGUUAUUAAAACAACAAGAAUUACAAACUAAACGGAAUAUGCUUGCAACACAAUAG